GAAGUCGAACACAUCUGUGUGUUAGGUUUCACUUCUUCUUUUCCGCGUAAUUAAAAUAGGCGAGCUGUGUUGUGAGAGCCGUUCGUGAAAUUUCUUUGAUAACGGUCUUUGACUCUGUAAAUUUCCACAGAGCUUUAGGUAUCGGAGUCAUUCAAAAAUAAUGAGCAGGACAAAGAAGCUUACAUGGGCCGAUGUGCGUGCAGUUGGACUGGACUUUAUAGAGCUGCUGGAAGAAACAAAUCGGAGAUCUAUAACUGAUAGAGCCAAACUCAAAAACAUAUACAAUGAAGAGUUUCGGCACAGGGACGGUGUAAAAGAUCCAGACUUCUUUAAAGUCCUCCUUGCAUUGCAGAGGAGCAACAAAGCUUACGUCAUUUCAGGACGCGUUUACUUCAAUGCCAAUGUCAGAAGGAGGUUGCAUGACCAGUGGUUUAGACCCUAUUGCAGAAGCAACAACCAAACUAAGCCCAGUCAAAGAAAUGGUAGCUCACCAGCACCUUUUAGUGGCCCGAAGGCCACCGUUCCAGGUCCAGAGGGUGGAGUCAAAGGAAGACGAAAGCUUGCAAAAGAAAUUCUGCAACGACUUAACAGUACAGACAGGUCUGUGUUUAUAGCUGAUAAGUUUGGGGUGCGGGUGUUUUCAGAGGUGCCGAUGGAGGACGGCAAGAUUCAGAUCUCUGUGGACAGAGCAGAGGUUUAUGAGCUGAAGCUGUUUGUGGAGAACACUGGUCAAGAGGUUGUGUAUUUCACAUACUACACGCCACUCCACUGGCUGCAGUGUUUUACUCUGGAAGACAGCAAGAAAGUGACACGCGUCAAUCCGCUAUGUUUGAAACCACGUGAGCAGUAUGAAGUAACUGUGAGAUUCAAAUCCAAUCAUGUUGGAGUUUAUUUAGCUACUCUGGCAUUUGAAUUUAAGAGAAACACCCAAGCCACAACACAACCCUUCCACAUUGUGCGCUUCAUCGAAGCUGUGUACAGGACUAAGCUUGCAGCCUUACUGGGCCCCGUCGAGCCAUUUAAACCCCUACGGCUUGACACUUUUGAACCAGUAAACUGCACUGUGGAUGAAGGUGUUCCACCUGAGGGUUUCGAUCUGAACUUUCUGAAAACUGUAAUGCCACUGGGGCAGUACAAUCCUCCCCUCCACAUCUCUGAGCUGGCCAAGAUGAAAGACAACUGUACAUCCUGGAGCCUUAAAGGAAAGUUUCAAGAACUUAAGUCAUUACUGCAGAGUAAGCUGGAGUUUGAAAACUAUGCAGAACGCUUUGACUUACUUCUGUACCUGGAGGAAUGUCAGAUGCAUGUUGACAUCAAGAGAUAUAACAAAGACAAUGUCACGCUAGUGAGGGACAAAAAUGACAAAAGACUGAUGGUGUUAAAUCUUCCUGGUGUGUCAGAAAACCGACCAUCUGUUCUAAGAGGAGAUCAUAUGUUUCUCACCAAGAGUGAGGAAGUCUUUGCCUCAAAUGUAAUCAAAUACAAGGGCUACGUUCACAGUGUAGAACUGGACAAGGUCAAACUGGGCUUCUCAAAAAGGUUCCUUGACAGUUUCAUAAAUAAAAUGAAAUUCCGUGUAGAGUUCGUGGUUAAUCGUCUACCAAUAAGACUGCAACACAGAGCUGUACACAUGGCAGUCCAGCACAACCUUAGAGAUGUGCUGUUCCCAGUGGGGUCAAAGGACAUGACCCCUUUGUCUCCACCUUCUCUGAGACUCUUUGAUUCAAAGCUGGAGUGGAACCAUGAACAGUACACUGCAGUAUGCAACAUUGUGGCUGGUGUGUCCAAGCCGGCACCCUACUUGGUGUUUGGUCCUCCCGGCACUGGAAAAACUGUUACUAUAGUGGAGGCCAUCAAACAGGUAGAGAAGAAUGUACCUGGUGCCUGUAUUCUAGCAUGUGCUCCAUCUAACAGUGCCGCUGAUCAACUGUGUGAAAAACUGAUCAGCAGCCAACAUGUUGACAAAGCCAAAAUCUACAGACUUUAUGCCAGUUCACGCAAUCUAAAAGACAUCCCUGACGCCAUAGUGAAAAACAGCAAUGUGGAGGGGAAUAUGAUUGUUUUCCCAUGUAAAGAGGAUCUUAUGUCACACAAAAUCCUGGUCAGUACGCUGGUCACUGCAGGAAGACUGGUCAGUGGGGGAUUUCCUGUGGGUCAUUUCACUCAUAUUGUUGUGGAUGAAGCUGGACAUGCUUUGGAGUCAGAGCUCAUAAUCAGUGUGGCAGGACUGUUGAAUGCUGAGACUGGACAGCUUGUUUUGGCAGGAGAUCCCAGGCAAUUGGGCCCAAUUCUCAGAUCUCCUAUUGCCAUUAAUCAUGGCCUUGAUGUCUCUUUGCUGGAAAGGCUGAUGACCCGGAACGAUCUUUAUAAGAAGGAUGAGAACAUGGAAUUUGAUAAACGCUAUGUCACCAAACUGCUUCUGAACUACAGGUCUCAUCCAUCCAUUCUGAAAGUCCCUAAUGAGUUGUUUUAUGAAGGGGAGUUGAAAGCAUGUGCAAAUGAGAUCAGCUCUAACCAAUACUGCAAUUGGGAACACCUGCCCAAACAAGGAUUUCCUGUCAUCUUUCAUGGAGUGCCUGGGAAGGAUGAGAGAGAGUCAAACAGCCCCUCAUUUUUUAACACCUUUGAAAUCGACAUCAUAAUGGGAUACCUGGAGAAACUACUCCUGACACAGGCCAAGAGGGGUAUCGCUAAAAUCUCCCCCAAAGAGAUUGGCAUUAUUGCUCCCUACCGAAAACAGGUGGAAAAGAUCAGGCAGGCCAUCAAUACACAUGAAGAGAUCCAAAAUUGUAUGAACAUUAACAACCUUAAGGUUGGAUCUGUGGAAGAGUUUCAAGGCCAGGAAAGGAAAGUGAUCAUAGUGUCGGCUGUUCGGAGUAGUGGGAAAUUCAUCAGUUUGGAUGAAAUGUUUAACAUUGGGUUUCUUAAGAAUGAGAAGAGAUUCAAUGUGGCAGUGACGAGAGCCAAAGCUCUGUUCAUCAUGGUGGGAAACCCCAUCAUUUUACGCACAGAUGCAAACUGGGGCAGGUUUAUUGAUUUCUGCACCGAGCAGGGUGGUUACAUUGGUUUUCAUUUUACCAGUGUAGAGAGAAUAGAGGAGGUUGAAGAGCGUCUGCUUGCUCUUAAUAUCCAGGAGACCGGUGUGGAAACAGAGGAAAGUGUCGUCCAACAGUAUCUAAAUCCUGAGUGGAGACAUGAACACUAACAAAUUGCCAGAAUUUCUUUGAACUUCUCAGGACACUCUUCCCUGGUCACAUCCCAUUUACUACUAAAGCUUUAAUUAAUUUACCUUGCACUAAAUGAUGUAAUAUUCAAACGUGAUCCAUAUGAAUUAAUCUCUGGACUAAAGUGUGUACAAUUUUCUAGAUAGUUUAGAUAGUAAAUAUUUUAGCAGAUUUACAGAAAAUAUAUGAAUUUAUAAUUCUAUAAAUCAAUAUUAUCUAAAGAUUAUCACGGACAAACGGUUUUACACCUUUCACCCAUUUUCUAUCUCCCACUGUUGUACAUGAUAAUUUGUCCCAUCAGAGUUUUUAAAGUGCUUUCUUAUUUUUUUAAUACUAUCUACAGGAACAGUUAUCUUCCUGGGCCAUAAAUCUUCCUGCUCCAGGUCUCCAGCCUUCCCUUAUAGACUUUUUAUGUAUCCUAUUGUUUCUUUUUUGUUUCAAACACUUUAGACCGUUUUAAUGGUAUCAGAGAAUUUGCUCAGCCAGAACUUCUGGCUUGAAUUUUACUAUUACCUUACAGUCUUCUUUCCUUCUUCUAGUCUGUACUGUUAACCCUGAUUUUGUUUUAAUACUAAUAAAUAAGCAUUAUUUAGUACAUUUUAAAAUUGUAAUUAUUAUUUUUUAUAAAAGUACACUUACAGUAACCUAAAUCCUGCAAUAUUUCCUUGAUUACUCAAGUGUUUAUGCCUGUCCCAAACAUGACCCUAAAUAACAAUAUUAUGAAUAUAUAAAUAAAUGGUAACACUUUAUUUUACGGUGUCUUUGUUACACAUGCUACAUGUACUUAUUAUUUUAACAACAGUUAAUUAUGCAUAACUACAUGCAACUAACCCUAAACCAAACCCUAAUCCUAACCCCAACCCUAUAGUAAGUACAUGUUGUUAAUGAUUAUUACUUAGUACUUAAAUGUAUAAUUACACUGUAACAGUGAUGCGGUAAAAUAAAGUGUGACCAAAUAAAUUAAUAAUAAUUUAAUAUUAAGUGUAAUAAUAAAAUCAUUUCAUAUUUACAAUGUUUUAAUACAUAAUAAUUUAUUUAAAAGGAACGAGGAAAAUAAAGUGGGUUGAAUCCAAAUCAAAUUAAACAGAUAAAAAGUUUGAGAAUAUGCCAAAAACAUAAAAUGCUUAGGCUAACUGCAUCAGCCUGUCUGAUUGAUUUAGUUGUUUUGUUCAUUUACCUAGUAUACUGCAUGCUACCAUUACAAAACAAAUUGCUAUUAAUAAAGCCAAGAUACAUUCAUUUAAAGCAAAUGUCAUAAACGCCUGCUUGUAUUUUGGGAUUUUCAUGAUGUUCUUGUCAAGUGUAAAAUUUUCCCAGGAUUUGCAGUACGUUGAAGAAACAUUUUAUUUGGGUUUUAUGAUGCAGACCCCACAAAGAGAAAAUAUGUGCUUUGUUAUUAAUUUAUUUUUUGUAAAUUCACAAAUGUAAAUUCUUUUACUCUUCUCUGUCUUUCUGAAAAAAUUGGAAGAAAAGGUACUUCGAUAUCUACUAAUAAGAAAGCUAUAAGGACAAUUUAGAUUUGCUCUGCAUUUGAUUUCUUAAUCGGAUCAUGUUCAUGUUAUAGCCCUUUCAUUUUUCUUAUUAUCAUUAUAUUUUUUGAAUGCAUUUUAUUUCUUGCGUUUAUUGUUUAUGUGGUUAUAACUAUAACGUAUGUCUACUUUUCUGUAGCCUAUGUAUGUUCUGUACGUUCUUUGAAAUAAUAUAUAGGCUAUAUAAAAAGAAAGAAAAAAAUGUAUGUUUUUUAAACGUCUUAUUCCAACAUUCCAUUUACGUUAUUUUAACACCUAAAUAAAAGUUUUACG